AUGGAUAGUGGAUUUUUAUCCCGCCGGAACCUUUUGACCGGCUCGUUCCUAUUGGCCUUCACCUCCACUGAGCAUCCCGGCACUCAACUUGGAUAUGUUGCUCUCGAUCUGCACUUGGCAAGAUUCUUCGCCCUCCUUGCUUUGCGAAUGCGGUCGCUGCGAUACCUUUCACAGGAAAUUCAACCCUUGCACAGCCGCGUUGGCGAACCAUGA